ACUGGAGCUACCGACAUGGAGCCUAGAGCAGUUGAAGAAGGCCGCCAUACAACUAAGAUUGAUGCGCCCGCGCAGCCUCGCCUGGGCGAUACUGUUAAACGCGCUGCCCCUCUCAACGGCGAUAUUAUUACAAGAAAAACUCACAGGAACUUUUACAACGAUUUAAAAUUGAAACUGUCAAUGGAUCCUCGAACUGUUAUUGGUGACGACCCUCUCUCGCAAAACGAUGAGAGCGUGUGGAAACAACACUUCUGUGAUAAUGAGCUGAAGACGUUAAUACUACAAGACGUGGUGCGGACAUUCCCAGACGAACUGUAUUUUAGAGAUAAGGAUGUACAGGACACUAUGGUGCGGGUUUUGUUCUUCUGGGCCCGGUCACACUCGAAUGUGGGGUACCGGCAGGGCAUGCAUGAAGUACUAGCGCCGCUACUCUUCGAACUGUACUUAGAUAGGAAAUUCGCACCUAAUGAUAUUAGUGACAAAUUAAAGAUAAUAUUAGAUGAAGAAUAUUUGGAACAUGACAGUUUUAUGUUAUUCAGUGCGGUAAUGAAGGGUUUGGAGAAGUUCUACGUGACGGGAGAGGUGGCGCCCUCUGCCACCGGCCGCAUGCCCUCAGCUAGAACGAUACAUAAUCCAAAUGAAGUGAUCAAAUAUUUAGAAAGAGUGAAAGUGGAUUAUUUAUUGCCCAUAGACUACGAGCUAGUGUCGUUUUUAGACCAGUGCAAUAUAUCUAUGGAACUUUUCGGAAUUCGAUGGCUCCGGUUACUUUUCGGCCGGGAGUUCCCCCGUUCAGAAUUACCCCACUUAUGGGGUUUCCUCUUUUGUGAUGGGCCGAUGUUACCAAACUUGCAUUACGUCAUCGUUGCCAUGUUGGUGUCAAUAAGGAACACAUUGCUGUCGGCGGGCGGCGGCGGCGCGCUGUGUGCGCUGAUGCGGCCGCUGUGGCUGUCGGCGGCGCACGUGGCGGCGCUGGCGCUGCACCUGCGCGCGCCGCACGACCACCCGCGCCCCGCGCCCGCGCCGCACCGCGCGCCGCACCACGCGCCGCACGACAGCGACAGGGCACCCUCCCCGUCUCAAACGGAAGAGAUGGCGUGGAGCAUCGAGCAGACGGGCGCGGAGGAGCGCGGCGGCGGCGGGGGCGGCGGCGGCGGCGGCGGGGGCGUGGUGGAGGGCGUGGCGGAGGGCGCGGACGUGGCGCGCGUGCUGGCGGCGCUGGCGCUGCUGCGCGCGCACCUGCCCGGCGCCGCGGCAGCACUGGCGCGCGAGCUGCCGCGCCCGCCGCCCGCGCUGCAGCGCCCGCUGCACACCAUACUGCACUUGGCAGCACUCCUGCAAUGUCGUAACCACGCCCUAAUUGACGUGGAAACGGCCCUAGAAGCAGCGGAAGGACAAUCCGCAGAAAAAGUGGGUACAAAACAAUUGGUGCCAGUUGCCACGAUGAUGCCGCGGCGACAAUCCAUCAGGAUGCAUCCCAAGCCGCCGAAGAUCAAGGAGGUGCCUCUCCAAGUAUUUCACCAGGUCGAGUGUGACCGAGCCAGUGACUUGCCCUUCCUCGACCCAUUAAGGAUAAGGACAGAAUGAUUGAGACGGAAGCUACUGCUGUAUAGUUACUAUCACUAGUGCGCGUGUUUUACCUUAAAGUGUAAAGAAGUUCUAAAUUUUCUUAAUAUAGAGUAUAAUAAAUCAAGCUGCAAAAAUGAAGUAAGAAGCCAAAAGUCAAAGUUAUAUUACUCUGCUCAUUGGAUUUUAUGUUACUCAAAUAAUAUAUAUUUCUUCAUAAUAAAUAUACAAAAGUGUAAAACAACCUUUAAAAUAAUAAUUACAUGAAUACUUUUAAAUUUCAUAUAUGUAUAGAAGUAGUUCACUUACUUCCCUUUCUUGACUGAUGAGUUCUGCAUCUUGCAAUAAUUAUUUUACUGUGAUAAAUUGAUCUUUGUUUUUUAUUCAAAAUUAAUUAAUCUAUUCAUUUAUUUUCACUAAAACUAAAUAAUAUACUUAACACAUGUUGGCAUAAACAUGAUCCCUGAUACAAACAAU